GUAGACUCGAGUUAUUAUGUGGAGCAUCUUCUGAAUAUAAAGAAAGUGGAAAGGGGCGAUCAAGCCUUCGUUCAUUCGUAUUAUAGCGAAAACUACAAAUCUGAUUGUGUUGAUGAGUGCCGAGAUUGCACGAUAAAAAACUAGUUGUCGUAAAGCAUCAGCUUUUAUGAAGUACGCCCAUUUCCUGCCAAUUUUCGGUGUCAACUUUUUCCGAUGGAUUUAAUUUAAACGACUUUUAAUCAAUCUACAUCGAGCUAUACGAUCUACCGUCGAAAUCUAAUGUAAUCAAAAUGUAUUCAUUGAUCUAGUCUUUCAACGAUUAUGCUACGUCAAUCAUAAGAGAUUGGCUUAGUCCCUAUCAGUGACGUUGGACUUAAUGAAAGUGACUGACCACUGUUGUUAUCAAAUUGAACUCUCCCGAGAUAUGCCUAUAAGUGUAUUUUAACUGGUCAUCCGAUUUCAUAAAGAAAGACUCUCUUUUGUUUGACCAGGCUUGACAUUAAUUGUAGGUCCUGUUCUGUGUUUGCUUUUUGGACGCGAUUAUCGGAAAGUUUGUAUUUAUUUGGAAUUACUGUACAUAAUUAUUAUUUUGUGACUAUUGCUUUAGCAGCGGAUAAUACAUUUAAGGGCAUCAUUGUGUGAAAUAUUUGUGAAAUAAUGUCUUAAUAUCCCCAUUACAUCCUUGAUUGUGGUAAUAUAAAGUGCAUUCAUUAUUUGGAAUACAAUGGCGUCGGAAAGAAAACGGACUUGGCAAAAAGCGAAAGUUGCCACAAUAAUAUCGAAGAGACCAUCACAGAAAAAGUUAAAUCAUGACUCGGUUCUACCAGCGAUCACCCGAAAAGGAGAGGACAACUCAUCGCACAAGCCCGAGAAGCUUGUUCCCGUUCAUGUCAUACGGUCUCUGUAUGACCUAUCUGGUAUGAUGAUUGGUGGCCAAAUCAUGCCGUUUGCAAAGUUCGAAGGCAAAAUGGUUAUAGUGACAAAUAUUGCGAGUGCAGACAAACACUGUGUACGAGAACUAACUCAGCUUAACGAACUUGUUACUACAUAUGGCAGUCGAGGACUGACUAUAUUGGCUUUCCCGUGCAACCAAUUCGGCCACAAAGAGCCAUGGGACAAUCACGAGAUUCUGACGUGUCUUCAGCAUGUUCGACCUGGCUCCAACUACAUCCCAAAAUUCCAGAUGAUGGCCAAGUGCGAUGUAAACGGCGCACACGCGAAUCCUAUAUUUGAAUUUCUGAAACAUCGUAUGCCAGUUACCAGUGAUGAUUCUGAGAACUUUUUUCAGGAAAAACACCACGAGAUCACAUGGUCACCGGUGAAUAAAUCGGAUAUUAUGUGGAACUUUGAGAAGUUUUUAGUUGGACCAGAUGGACUGCCUGUAAGACGCUACACAGUCCGAACCAGAGCUUCGGCACUUGGCUAUGACAUAGAACAACAAAUUAAACGGAUAGCAAAAAUGAAGUUAGAAGGAAAUAAGUUUUUUCACUACGAGCCCCAGGAUAAGUCAUACAAAGAUUAAGAGACUUGACAUUGAGUUGAUCAGCUUUGUGUUCUAAUUUUUUGUUUCCAUUGUUAAAAUGUUUAAUGCAAAUGGCUAAACAGCGCAUUGAAAUAUUGCACAAGAGUAAAGUAGAGUUGGCACAAGUUGAAUGAUGGAACCAUAAUUUAAAAACUACGCAGCACAAAUUGUGUUUAGAAAUGCAUGAGCCUGGAGUUUUAUCUUGACAGUUUUAAAUCCUUGUUGUUGGAUGAAGGCCUAAAUUAGAUAAGCAAAUACAUGAACAUAAGCUGCACAAUAUGAACCAUAUUUUUUGACUUUGUAUUUUGUUUUAAUAAAUCUUGAACUAAUUAUGGUAAACAA